CAACAAGACUCAACUACUGGAAGACAUUUGAAUUUUCGUUGUUUCCGAGGCAAUCGGCUUAGUGCGUGGUAUAUACUAAUGCAUCUUUCAUUUGAAAGAUCGAGAGUUUGCCUUAUAUAAAAAAAACAUUGAUUAGUGAAAUUUGUUAAAUAUCAUCAAUAUUAUCAACUGACAGUGAAUUGUGCUGACGAAGGUAGUGAAGAUCGUGGUCGAAAGCUCAUCCGUCCAAUAUGGACGCGCCUAAGCAAUUCUACAGCUUGCAGUUGCCCGGAAAAUCGCUUACUAAAGCGCCUCCCGGCAAUACGGUGGAAGUAAAAAGAGCACACAGCGCAGAGCAAAUUAUUUUUGUGCGCAAUAAUCGGGCCCUGCUGAUCUACGAGCGUAUGGGUGGAAGUUGGUCCGAGGUGCACAAACGUAAUAAUUUCUUCGCUGUUUCCAAUGACGAUGCUAGUUACCCUUGGGCGGUAUAUGACGAUGCGUUGCUUGCGGUGCGCAAGGUGAAAGGGUUCGUGUUGUAUCGUUGGAAUAAGAAGGAGCUGAACGAACUGUUGGUGGCAGCAAAGUACCACGACGAGUAUGGCUAUGCUUUGUCAAAUAACACCAUUCUUUUUGGAAACAUUUAUCCCUCUGCGGAGUACAUCGGUGUCAUUUCGCGUCUGCAUUCGGUCGUUGAAUUUAGUUCGGCCAAACCGAGUGAUCCGCGCAAACGUGUGCGGCCAUUGAAAAAGCAGCUGGAUUUGGAGGCUGCAUGGAUGCAGCCUUCUAGCACAAUAUCGUUGGUGGAGCGUUACGACAACAAUGCGCAGCUAUCGAUAGCGCUACGUACCGCCGCAGAGUUGAAGCUUUUCCGAUUUGACAAUCAAUAUCAACUGAAGGAGUUGGCCACUGUUAAGGACUUUCUCCCGCUGGACGAUGAGUAUGAUAGGAUCAUGUUUGCGAAGUUUGACGAUGCUAACAUCAACGAUCUGCUCCAUUUUACGACCAAGGGGUUGACCAUGUAUCGUUUCUUUGAAGAGUCUGGCGUUUUCGAGAAGGUGUACUAUUCAACGGCAUUCUCCAAACUGCGUGGCUGGAACAGGCGCACUAUAGAAUCGAUCGCGACGGUAAACAUCGAUGGCGACAAGUGGGACGAGCUAAUUGCCUCUGGACCAAGGGGGCUUUGCCUGUAUCGUCCAGUGUUUGGUAACGAUGGGUUCGAGCUGGUUAACAUUUUUGAUGAAACGAUCGAAGAUGGUGAAAUGCGUUACGGCAUACCAAAGCUGACCACAAAGCUUGCUGACAGUGAUGGCUUUAACGUUCUGCUUUUUACCGGCGCGAAUCUUGUAAGCGUGCAAACGAAGCCCUACAUCCCCAGGAUAUACGAUGUCCCGUCCGCCGCACAAACUGUUGUGAAAGCUAAUGCCGUUGCACCCUUACUGGUACCGCAAAAGAAGUACAUCGUAUGGUUGCAUGAUCAGCUCGAUCUAAACAGUAUGCUGCAACCGUUAAACCCGCACGCGGGUACGGUCGAGCUUAGCAUACCGCUGAUCGAGCUGCCGAACGCUUUCGGCGUGAGUGUGCGCAAGUAUGUACAGUACAAAAACAUUCCGUUUGAGAGUUUCUUCGGGCGCGGCUGGUCCUUGCCGUUGGAUUAUAUCAGCGUGGAGCGAAAGAACAGCGCCUUUCUGCAAGAUCAUGACUACGCUGUGUUGAAGAACAACAAUCGAAUCAUUCUGAAACGCUACCCGCACUUGGAUUCAGUUGACUGUUGGAGUUUCGAAAUCGAUGGGUUCAAGCAGGCAACGAUCAAAUAUUAUCCCUCCAAGGAACGCUGGGAAAUGACAAUGGAAGAUCGUACAUUCGUGUACGGCGCAUGGGAAAACUUGAGCAAGCGACGCGAAGAGGACGUGUGUGCAUCCUGGCCUCUGUGCGGAGAGAAAUCAGCAAAGAAAAGGAAGCUGCCAUCGCGUUGGUAUUUGGUGCACGAGGAGAGUAAGUAUGGUGCUUAUGCAAAUUACUAUUACGACCCGUUCGUGGAAGGGAAAGGCGAUCGGUUGGCACGCAUAGAGUUGAGCAGUGGAUCGAGCGUUAGCUUCAAGUAUUCGGAGCAGAACAAGUUGGUGAACUUCAAAGUGAACACCACAUGCUACGAACAAAACGUGUCGUUCGAGUACGAAGGGAACUGGCUCAAACAGAUCAAUCAAGAGGAUCGACCGCUGUUCAAAUUCGAUUACAAGGAUGAUCGUAUGUGGAAGAUCGUUUACCCCAAUCGGCUCGAAUCGAUGCUGGAGUACAGUGACGUGCAGAUCGAUCGAACACGCUUCGAGGAAGCGGUACCAGUGGAUUUAAAUCCAACGAUCUACUACGGACCGGACUAUACCGUUAUUUUGGACAAGGAGUUUGAGGACGACCGUGUUGCGAUUACUAUUCGGAACCUUUUGGGCGGCACAGAUGGACCGAAAGCAAUGAAAGAGAAGCUACAUUUUGGUCAACCCGGUAUAAAAAGUCACACGAUACACGCGCUGGAAGACAUGCUUGUGGUGGUGCUCAUCUACGGCUCGCAGAAGGAGGUAACCGUUCUACAGUUUACUGGCAAGGACUGGGUAGAGAAGGAAUAUAUAAGCGAUUUUCCACUGGACGCUAUCAUAAGUGUGGGCAAAAAGUUUGUUGUACUGUGCGAUCUGAAAACUUUGCGUGUGCUAACCAUCAACCAUAAGGGGAAUCUAAACGACACGGAAGUGCAGAAAUCUCUGCCGCCCAAGUUUUUGAUACACACAUUUGGGAACGGUUUCUUGAUGUGCAGCGCUUCGAGCAUCGAUGUGUGGACGAUGGGGAUUAAGAAUGAAUGGCAAAAAGGCUCUACUCAAGCCCCGACCAAUAUCUUUACCGAUAUUGAUAAGUUACUGAACGCGUUCGUUUUGGAUGCAGAAUUUAGUACCGCUUUGCGGAAGGGUUUCCUGGCCGAUGCGGUCACUGUGUAUCAGAAUGCAAUCGUCAUACGUGUGCCGGUACUGGAUGGUCAAAAGUUGAAUUUGAAAGUAUUUUUCUUAAUUAUGAAUUACGAUCGUGGUGCUACGCAGGUAUCAAAACAGACCGUGCAGAUUCCGAUAGCGAACUUUGACACGUACGAGUACGAUAUGCCGACUAAGGAUGGAGACGUUUUCAAGCUGCACUACAAGGUGCAAAAUAACAAAUACGUUCUGAAGCUGAAGAGCAUGAAAGGCCCACUCAACAAUUCGCUCACGCAGCAGAAACAAAAAUCGUACAAACAGAUUGACGCAAGUGGCGAGGCAGUGGAAAAGAAGGCACAGUACAAGAAAGAGGUAGAUGAAAAGUUCGCCGAAGAGGUGGAUAAUAUUAGCCAAACCGUUGUUAGUAAGGCGCAAUUUGCCAUGGAUCUUUCGCAGUUUGGUGUGCUUACAAACCAGCACGGUGUGGUGACGGGAAACGUUCAGCUGUCGUUCGAUGGGCAAACCUGGCAGCAGCAACCGAUCGAUCCGGCGACGAUGCGCAUGGAGAAGGUGGAUCAGCCGCUUGGGGCUGGCUUUAAGCUGGCGAAGUACAGUUACCAGGACACGUUCAAGGUGUACGAAAUGCCGAGACACGCGGUCGUGUACGAUACGCAAACUAACAACCCGCAGGAGAUUCAGGUUGUCGCGCCCCGGUAUAUCCAAUCGCAACCGGCCGGUAAACAAUUGAGCAUGUUUUUCUUCCACACGAAGGAAACGAUUCAGCAGCCCGCGAACGUGACGAUGGUGCGUGCCAGUAACACUAUUUCACUGGUGACGGUUCGGCAUGUGAACGAGACGAGCAAAUUUGUCGUCUUUCGACCGGUGGAUUCAUUUCUGCUGAAGAUGACGAGCCUGUUUACCAAGCAGCGCGUACGGCUCGAUCAGGAUGAGCUGCGCACUUCGUCUUACAAUUACCAUCCGCGGGAUGUUCAUCUUUCCAGCGAGGGUGCCAUGUUUUAUCGCGUGAAAGUCGCUCCGGGCGACAACGAGAAACGAUUUGGAUGGUACGAGCAAGCUACUAAUUCCAGCACGGGAGCAACCACGAAAAAAUCUUUCGCAGCCGAUGGAACCGACGUCACAGUGCGCGAGAAACCCAAACAAGAAAGUAACAGAGACGCGGAUGUGAAGGAUCUUGAACGGACGAUAUGGGAUAGGAGCAAACAGCUAAAGAUAAUAGACUUAGGGGCACUGAAGUUAGCGGAUGAAGUGGCGUCAUAUUAUGGAUUCGAAGCGUACGAACUUAAUCGCUAUGGGGUAGAUAAAGAGUGGUCGUUCAAUUUAGCUGAUGUGCAAUUUGAGCGGGAUAACCAUUACCUUAAACUUCCGGCAAGCUCGACCUUAAAGGCAACGUUUACGCCAACUGAACCAAAGAAUUUAUGGAUUGUUUCGUUUUGGGUGCGAAUCGGCAAUGGUGAAAUGGUGCCAAAAGUGGACGACAUGCUCAACGUGUUGAUGGUGGAGCUUGUCAAUUUGAACAACCAAAAGCGUGUACAGUUGACUGGUGCAAAAGUGCAUCACAUAAUGUCAAACUGGUGUUAUGUGGAAAUGACUAUUGAUACGACACACACGGCUGAUGGUUCGAAGUUGUCGUUCAAUAUCACUAUCAAACCUUCCGAAUCGCAUACAAGUAUCGACGUUGAUCAUGUGCGGUUUUCUCCAUUGAACUUAAACUUUCGUGCCAACGUUUAUACGCCAGAUACGGCUGAAGUCAGAGCUACGCUUUGCAAUAACGGCCUGCUGAAACAGAACCUUUAUAGUCCCACUGGGAAGCGAGUGGCACUGCUAUCGGAAGAUGGGCAAGUGGUAGACUUUGCGAUGCACUCUAAGACCGCAUUUGUUGCUUCAGUUAACGCCAGACAAUGCUUGAUUGAAAUGAAGCCGAACUACGGUACAUUCGAAACAUUCGAACCAUCCUACUGGAAACAGGGCAGUACGGAGUGGUCAAUCAGAUAUGGUGAGGUUGAGUACAACCCUGGCAGUGUUGCUCAACGAGGAGAGCUAAGCCGCACCUUUGAUCGACCGUUCGAGUCAGUAGCGCUUCGCUUUGUCUACAAUACAAGCGUGGAUGAUAGCAAAUUGUCGUUCAGUUGGAAUGGGCAAGAAUUCAAUCUAUUUUGUUCUACAGGAUCUUCUAACAGUUGCAACAGGCCACCAAAGGCUGGCGAAGUGCUUAUAUUUAUUACCGAGCUGCGUGUAUCGGUGUGGUUGGAAGGACAUUUACUUAGCGAAACACUUAUAAAGCCUGAUUCACGGGUUCAAGCAUUGAAAGAAUUUCGUUUACUACCAACGGGAUCAAUCAAGAUAGCAGAAUUUCUGGUGAUGUAUGACGCACGGGUAAAAGUUACAUACCACAAUCGGAUGGGACGGCCGGUGCAGGUGGUUGUAUAUGAUGAUCCAAGAACAGUGCGCGUACGUGAGAUCAUCUACGACGAAAUCGAUCGUCCCAUAAUGCAAACCAAGUGGACGAAGCUCACGAGUCAUUUAAAGGAAUAUUUUGCGUUCUAUGAAAACUUCAUCACUCAAGUGCACGGUACGAGUCACGUGAUGAGCGGUAUGGUCGCUAAAGCCCAUCCAUCCUGCGAAGGUUUUCCAUACUCACGCACGAUUUAUGCGAACGAUCCGACGGAAAAUAAACAGUAUCAGGGAUUGCCAGGGAAAGAGUAUACCGUACUCGGUAAGUACAAACGCCGAUACGCUAUGCGUCCCGAGAUAAAGGUGUUGGCAAACAUAUUUCCCGUAGCGGAAGGUUAUCGUCAAAGCAUUGUGGAACGUCCGGGAGGUGCGAUUCGGGCUACGGUCGAGGAUAAGCGCGGAAACAAGGUUGCCAAAUAUUGGCAGGUGGGCAAUUACGAGCAUAGGCUAACAACAUACACAUAUUCUGAGACCUACGGUCAUUUAAUUGAAGUGUUACCACCUCAGUUUCAUGCACUCGCAAAGACCACCUCCAGAACGAGACCGUUCCUGACCGGAGGAAACACGCAGGAAGAAAUAAAACUAAGAAAUUUGUGGCGGGUGUCGUAUGAGUACGACUACGGGAACCUGAUAGGCAAGCGCACACCGGAUGGUGGUACCUAUGAGUACAUCUACAGUGAGUCAGGAAUUUUGCGUUUUUCAAUACACUACAACGCACCGGAAAGGGUUAACAUGGAUCGGGUGGUUCAUUUUACGUACUCCUCGCAUGGUAAGGUGAUGCGCGAAGCGUUAGUUAAUUUAACGCGUGAAAGUUGUUACCAGAUAGUGAAGACAAACGAAGUUCCUGAGUCAACCGAUUUGAUUGAAUCUUUCUAUGGCGAGGUCGAAAGCAACCCAGAUGUGCGGUAUAGAUCGCAACAAUCUACCCGAAAGAUAGGCAAAAAUCAGAUGAUGGAGAGUCUGAUCUUUGACGAGAACGAACAAGUGAUCAAAAAAGUAUUUUUUGUGCCAACAAUUAACAGAACCUACUCGAUUGAUUACGAAUAUGAGAACGGAAAAUUGCAUUCUUUGCGAUAUCCUAUGGAUUCGGCUGCAUCAUCAUUUACUCUGAUCUACGAUUAUAACAAAAAUGGAGAAGUAAAGUCUAUCAAGGAAUCGACAAAGCGAGUUCCUAUGUUUGAGUUCUCCUAUAAUGCAGAUGGCAUGGUGGAAACAAUGAACGUACGAACGGAUCCCACGCAUACAUUCCAGAGAAACUUUACCUACAACGAACCAGGCUUUUUGAUAAAGCUGGCAGACAACUAUUUGACGGAAAGUGUAAGCUACCUGGAAACAGACUCCUACGGCCAAGACUCUUACACACCGAUCUAUGAAGGUUUAAUAUCCAAGACGUUGUUCACCGCCCACUGGCAAAAGGCGACCAGCCCACUUCGUAAUGGUAUCUAUACGGAGUAUCUAAUGUCAGACAACAUGAACCGAGCACAGGCGACACUGUGUCUUGAGGUGCUAAAGCGGACAGGCUUUAUUGACGAAAACAAUCUGGUGAACCGGACGUUGUACGGUGACAUGAAUGACGAUCUACCGUUUGUGUGUGGAAAACGACUCGCUCUGAAUCAUCUGUCGAAGGUAUUGAGCACCAGAUCCUUCCCCUAUCAGUACGGUCAUCGGUAUGACUAUGACGAUCAUGAUCAGCUUAUUAAGGCGAAGUAUUUCCACGGAUUGGAAGAGUUGAAGCUUGCACCAUUGACGCAUCACACAUUCCACAAAGAGAUAAAAGGAAUUGAUGAAGCGAAAUCGAAAAAGAUUUGGGAAGCACUACGGGAGAAAUCCUUCCUGACCACCGACUGCACCAAUCCCAGUCUUUGCCAUGGACGUGAAGGUACCAAAUCGAUAUUCAGUGACUUUAUCCAUCAACAUCGAUAUAGCCAUCACUUGAAAUUGAUGCUAUCGAAGGCCAUCUCAGCACGGAAGGGAUUGGAUGUAAAAACGUUUGAAGAAAAGUGUACACGAUGGAUUGAAGGAUCGAACAUGAUUUUGAAAGCUUGUACGAACCUCAAGGAAGAAAUGAUGAAACAAAAGUUGUUCGGUGAAAGUGCGGAUGCGCCUGUAGCGUCUUUGAAUGAAGCGUUUAAAAAAGCCUUGCAGAGAUACAAAUCAAACGUGCCUAAUAUUGUUGGGGUGCUUAAUCAUCACUUCAUGACGGCUUUGGGAAGGUCGGCUGGGGAUGUGCAAUCGUACGAAAUCGAUGCAAAUGGAAAUCAUCGAAAGUUUUACACGGGCUUCUCGCGGUAUCGUUUGGAGUACCAGGAGGGGACAAAUAAAAUCACCAAGCUAUAUCGCCAGCAAUUCGAUCGCGCUCAAGGUGGUAGAGAGGAAUUCACCAUGGCCCAUGAUGGUGAUGGAGCCGUAAUCCAGGCGGAACACAAGGGCAUAAAGCAUAUGGCAUAUGACAAGCUUCUGCAGCGGGUUAGUGAAAUUGAGAUGACCGAUGGACGGAAGAUAUUGUACCAGUAUGAUGUGCGCGCAGAGCGGACAUUCAAGCAGGUUCGGGGUAAGGAUGGAAAGGUAAUGAGCGAAAAGUACUAUAUUCGAGACGCAAAUGGAUUGGUAUUGAUGGACAUGGAUAUGAGCUACCUUGCGAGCGAUCAACCACCCGACGUGCGAGUGACGAGCUACAUCUAUAAGGAUCAGCAGCUGAUUGGGUUUGUGCGCAACGAUAAGCUGUACGGGGUCAUCACAGAUCACGAAGGAUCGGUACGCUUGGUGGUGAGAGAGGGCGAAGUAGUCGCCGCAUAUGAUUAUCUUCCAUAUGGGCAGAUAUUCCGACGCUUUGGGACCGAUUUGGACGGACAGAUCUCGUAUUUUUACACGGGUCAGGAGUGGGAACCGGAGACCGGGCUGUACAACUAUCGAGCUCGUUUGUAUGAUCCCGACAUUGGGAGGUUCUAUCAAAUGGAUCCAAAAGAACAGUACCCAAGCCCUUACGUUUAUGCCGGAAACUCGCCCGUUUCGUUGAUCGAUCCAGAUGGUGAAUUUGCCUUCACAUUGGCUGUGCUUAUUUUGGCGUUAGUCGGAGCGUAUCUUGGUGCUGCAUCAGCCAACAAUUGUUGGAAUCCUCUCAAGUGGGAUUGGAGAUCAUCAUCGACCUGGAUAGGUCUGCUGACAGGUGCUGUUACAGGCGCAUCCAUACCCUUCAAUAUGGCCAGUUCGGUAGCGUUUUUCGUCGGGAUGGGACUAUCGCUAAGUACGUCAAUUGCUAUUAUGGUUGGUACCGGUAUCACCUUCGCCUAUUUUAUGAUGGCGGCCAGCAGCGGUACAUGGGAUCCUACAAAGUUUGACUACUCAAGUCCAGGCACGUGGAAUGCGUUGAUGAACGGUGUAGCAACUUCAUCAUGGAUAUUGAUGAAUCCUUCUUCGCUGAUUAGUUCCUUCGUAUCGAUAACUUCAGUCGCCGCCAAGGCACUAUUUUUUGUAGCUAAACUCACCAUGAGUCUUGGUUUCACGUAUCUUUUUGCCGCGCUUGGUCAGGGUGGUGAGUUUGACAUGACCAAAUGGGACUACUCAGAUCCCGCACUGUACAUGAGCUUCGUUGACGGGUUUACUACUGCUACCGUUGGAGUGCUGUUCCUUCGAAACUUGCCGAGACAGAUCAGCAAAUGGUCGGGAAAAGUGAAACGUACCGUCGAUAUAUUCGUUGCUAACAUGAUUACAUUCCGCGCCCAAUUAGCGUUGGGGCGUGAUUGGUCGAGAUUGAUCAUGCAUACCAAGAAUUUCUUAUACGUUGGUGUUCGCAACUUGCAAACUUUGCAGAAAGGGUUUCUAACUGUAGGAUUCUAUUCACUAAUUGUUUCGUUACGCAUGUCGCUGAUAACUGAAAGCGCCAUCCCUGAGUUUACGGCAGCGGAAGCAUCCAUCAAUGUACUCUUUUCAACUGAGCAAUUUUCAGACUUUAUAGUUAAGCCUUUGUCGAAGGCUUCGCCCAAAUUGAGGCUACCCAAGCCACCGAACUUGGCACGGAUGCUCCGUUUCCGCAUUCGAUCGGAUGCAAUAAGAAUUGGCAGCAAUGAGUCAAUUGUCUUACCAAAUCAUAUGGAAAGAUCGUCCGCAUCAUCACUGCAUAAUAUGUUUAACAACUGGAUAAAGUUACCAUUCGAAUGGUUGUUUAGUACAUCGAUGCGCGAAAACGAGAACGUAUUCGAUAAGAGAGUUUCAAUUAUCUCUGCACCAACAAGAAACAUGGCAAAAUCAGCGUUUUCGUUGCGAAAUUGCUAUAAAAUUUAUUCCGAGGAGCACCUCGACGGCAUGAUAUCAUGCUUCGGACAUAGUUCUACGGUGACGAUAAUACCUAAAUUCGAAAGUAAUCCACGAAUUGAAAAUGCCGACCACUACAAAUACUGUAUGCCAUUGACAUACGAUGGACAUCCAUCAGCCUCCUGUGAAGGAGAGUGGUCUUCAUUGGUAUACACGGCGAAGGAAACGGCAAGAGUUUUUGAUUUUGUCGAUGGGUGGAUAUUACUGGCACAGGUUGCACCAAUUGCCUGGAAAGAAAUUAAGCUUGGAUUUAAGUAUAUCUUUUCGCGUCCAAAACGCGACCAUCAAGUGCCUCACACAGAUAUGGUGGAAUAUGAAAAGAAAAUGCUUUAUUGCAGGUUAGAUGAAAUGAAGACACAGAUUAACACACAUCAACAGCUAAGCUGGGCUCAAUGGACGUAUGAAGAUCUGGCAGAGGAUGUAGAAGUAUAUUUGAGCAAAGGGCAAGGCUCAAUGAACUUGUUAGAGGAGCGGAUAAAUGCUCUUGAAGCAGAAAUAAGGGAAGAUUUUAUCUUGCAACGGCUUCAAAGCGUGCUAAGAGAACAUAACCAUGCAAAGGACAGCAGUGUGCAUGCUAGAAGAAAUGCGAACAGUAAGAUUGACUGUCUAUAUGCAGGACGGACAACUAAUCAUAAACUACAAAAUGUCGUAUCUGCUUUUGAUCUGCUGGUUGACAACGUUAAAUUUAACGCAAUCCUACAAUCAAAAUUGAAUUAAAAUAAAAAAGCCAUAAUACGUUUUUACUAAGCAAAACUAAACGAUAAAUACACUAUAAUAUUAUUAUGCAGGUUUUUGAUUUCAAAAUAUGUUUCUGAUUGUUAUAGAUCGUCUCUAAAUUGUAGAAAUAUGUCAUAAUUUACAUUACAAUUAUAAAUACUUAAAUGACUAAUGUUCUGAAAGUCUUAUAAUAUUUAAAAAAUAAUAUGCAACACAACACAAUAAAACAUUGUUUGUAAAUUUACUUACGCAUAGAGAUAA